AUGUCGUCUUCGUCGUCCACGUGUACUGCGUCAACGCAAACAGUCGUUUCGAAGGUAAAACAUGUACACCCCCUAUUUUCCGAUCUCCUUGAUCUGGCAAUUUAUUCCUUCGGUUGUCAGAGCGGUCUACGAGCUCACCAUAAAGUUCGUGGUGGUCCAGUGCUGGAAGGAGUCUCAGCGAUUCUGGGUCGAAUGUUGUUGACCAGCAACCCAGAGACGAAGGCAGCGUUCGAAGAAAUGACACCUACAAGGCUAGGUAGCUGAUUAUUUUUAAAUUUUCGUUAUUUAGGGACAGUUUGGUUGAAACCUUGAAGGCUUUCCUUGGUCACUACUGCCCCGCGCGAGCAAAAACAAAAUUGCUUGCGUGUCAAAUCGGGUAAUGCACUAGUCAAUUGUAAUCUCGACCCUCAAACCCCCGCGGAUAGUAGGCAUUUUACGGCGCAAUAGUGGGGGAAAUACGGAGAUUUUACAUUGAUUUCUUGCAUCGGUCCCUGGAGGAAUACCAGAAAUUUACGGCUUAUACCUCUCCCGGGGUGGGGGUGGGGGUGGCGUUUUUUUGUUUCAGUGUUUCGGUCACGUGAUUUGUUUGCCCGCGAAAGAAGCAGACAUGGCGGACUCGAACGCUGUUGGGAUUAAUGAAAUGUUUCGCCGGCUUAGGUCAGCAAAACUUUCGCAUGUAGCAGACAGGGUCCCAAAGGGGUUUAGGGCUCCUGGGCUCCGGACCAAAAUAAACAGGGCUCCAGGGCUCCAGGGCUCCCGAGAAAUUUAUCAAGGGCUACAGGCUCCGCCCUUUUUUUUAUUUUUUUAUUUUAAAAUCCAAAACCAAAUCCUAGAUGGAAGGUGUUGACAGGCCAAACACCACUCAUAAGCUCGUGAUAGUGUGAUACAUGACCUUAUAGUUUUGCUCUAAUAAGGAGAUCUCCCAGCGGUUUUGCUCUUUUAUAUGAAAUGAUGGGAGGCUCGUUGUAUAUUUCUCUCAGCAGCGGUUGAUUUUGAAAUAAAGUGCCAUUUGCUCAUUAAAAUGUUUUUAAGGUUCUGCAAAGCAGGGUGGUACGUGGUAAUGAAGGCAGAAUUUUCUUUCUGUCGUUGUUCUUUUGUAAAGCUGACUUCUGUUCGGUAAAUUCAACCCCAGAGGUGAUUUCUUCUAUGAGAUUGUGAGGGUAACCUCUAGCGCGAAGGCGUUUUUUGAAGUUCUAGAUGUUCUCAUGGGAGGAUUUUGCUGAGGAGUUUGUUCUCAGAAGUCUAAGGGCUUGGCCUUUUAUGAGACCUUUUCUGACCCCGUGAGAGUUACAGGCAGAAAAAUGCGUGUAUUUAAAAGUCUCCGUAGGGUUAAAAUGUACGUGGAUCUCAAGGAUUCCUUGGUUGUGAAAUCUCUCGUCUUUGUUAACAGUUGUAAGCAUCUCUUGCAGGUUUUUCCCUGAGUUUUCACUCAUAGUAAGAUUUUAACAAUUUGUUUCUUAACCAAGACUGCAGUUUCGGAACUUUAGCGUUCCUCGUCAGUUGCUAGCAAAGUCUUAGGUGUGUAGAGCGAAAAUGGCUGUAUAAAUACUGGUCGCUAGGAUCGAAAAUACUGGCUUGCCAUUGGCUGGUGGAAACGAAACCAAUAUUUGAUCCACGUUGUUUUGUGUUUUCAGGUCAAAAACGCUAGGUUUUGGGUGAGCAAGAGAGAUAGUAUCUCACUGGAUAGUAGUGAUGCAAAGUCACUAGCCUUUGUUAGUGUCUGAGAGAGUUUGAGAGAAUCUUUCUCCAUAGAUUAGGGGUAUUUUCUCGUACACCUCUCGAAAUCACCCGAGUACAUUUCUUUUGAUGAGGUAACAUGAGAACCAAAUUUUUGCUGUAAAAAAUAUCUGACACUACAGUCGAAAGGUGCUAUGUUGGUUUUUCCAAUCUCUAGGUAGGACAAAAGCUUAAAGACCUAAAUCAAGCAAUAUAUAUCUCAGUAAUUUAGAGUUUAAACUUUAAUAAAUGAUGCAGUUAAAAAGUAGUAAGUUUGGAUUGCAGCGCACCCCCAGAAUAGCAUCAUUACAGUGAAAAGAAUGAAUGUAAGUUAGCCUCAGUCUAGUUUACAGUGUACUGGUUUUGUUACUAUCUUCCUUCCGAUUCCGAGCAAACAACAAACAAAGCACAUUAUGACGCUAUCUGUGUGCAAAAAUGUCCGAAUUUUAAUAUUUGGGGCUACGGGCCCCGCAGAAAACGUUUUGAGGGCUCCAGACUCUACAGUAAAAUAAUAAUAGGGCUCCGGGCAACAAAACGAUGGGGCUCCGGGCUCCAUGGAAAACAUUUUAGGGCUCCCGGGAUCCGGCCACCCCCCCUUUGUGACCCUGUUCAUUGUAUCGACUUAUUUACUGGCUGUAGAGGUAGGGGAAAUUUCCUUCUGAAUCUGUCCCUGGGGCCUGGGGGAAGUUUCUAAAAUUACAGAGCUGCUCGUGUGAAUUCCCCCACUAUUCCCCGGGGGCUUGGGGGUUGGGGUUACAAUUGACUAGUGCAUCACUGUCAUCAUGGCAUAUCUUUUUCCAGGUUGAGGGGUAGUUAGUACCUAUUUAGAAGCUGCGGGAAGUUAAAAACUUAAGUCUGUCAGACUUGCAGCGAAACUCAAAAGAAAUCCUCCAAAGCAAAAUUGGGCUAAACCUCAUUGAUGUAACUGUUCAGAUAUAGGAAGCUGUAAAAUCACCGACUGCAGAGUGAUAAUUGAUGUGACCAUGCAUGAUGAAGAGCCCCCCUUGUUUCUGAUGUGUUCAUCAGGUGUAUAUACACAUUUUAAUACUUACUUCAAUGCCUUUAGGUAACUGGAAACCAGGGGAGAUCCCCACAAAGGAACUCCUGACCCUGAUCUCUUCCAGAAUAAAAAUGCAGAAGACGAAUGGAGUGAUCAGUGAAGCUGGAAAUCCUCAAGUGCCUUCACUGUUACUUGAGGAAGAGCAAUCUUUUUCUGAGGAGGAAGAUCGCGUAAAAUACCGAUAUUUCCCCAGAUGUUGGAGAUGCGGGCAACAUUGCCAGUUUUGUAUAAAAAGGAAGAAAUUUUUUCCCAAAUUUGGAAGUUUCACCAUGGAGUAAGUCUAUGUUGUUUUAGGUGUUACCAGGUGCAUGUAGCCCUGCAGAAGCAUGUAACUCUGUUCCUUUGCAUGUUUGCUGUGUUUUUUUGGAGAACCAAUCAUUAAGUGGCUAAAAAACCCAAGCAUAGUUCUAAACACAUAAGGCGAAGGUAGAUGAGGUACUGAUUUUGUUUUCAGUUUGUAAAACAUUGUAAGGUGCAUUGAGCUUUGUAAUUGCACCAUAUAAGAAUGUAUUUAUUAUAUUUGGCAAAGAUCCAGACUGUCUGAGACAGGAGUUUGAAAGCAAGUGAAGAAAUAUUAGUCGCAUUCUGCAAGACUAAGUGCUUUUCAACUGUUGCUACUGUUAGGAUGAGGACUCAUUAGAAUAAUAUUUGUAAUGCUGUAAAUGAAUACCCUAUAGCACCACAGUUUAGCAUUUAACAUAAUUUAGAGAAAUUGCUCCAGACAUUUUGACUGAAGAGCAUGUAAAAUAGAUGCAUAAGUUAAAUGACAAAUUUAAGUAUAAUUUCCUCUUCUCUACAGAUAUGCCUCUCCCUUCCUUGAUGUGCUGGAGGACAUUCUCAAAGAUGACCCUGAUCAGGAUGAUCAGGAGGAAGAAGAGGAAGAGGUGAUGGAGUCAGAGGAAGAGGAGAUACAUUAUGAGAACUAUAAGAAAUGUAUCUCUAGAGAAGAUAUGAGUGAAACAGAGGAGGAAGAUGGGGAAAACCAUGAAGAUGAAGGUGGAGACGAAAAUUCUGACCAUGAUGACGUGGAAGGGAUGAAUGAAGAGGACAUUAUUUGA